AUGGCCGCCUCCAGAAGCGAGCUUCUCCGGCCGGCAUUCGGCGAGCCCUCUCCUUCGCUAGGACCAUUCGUCGUUAACCCUCACACCUGCAGCUACAGGUGGUGGCAGAAGUUCCUGAUCGUGCUGGUGCUGUACACGGCGUGGGCGUCGCCGUUCGAGCUGGCCAUGGAGAAGUCGGCCUCGGCCGCGCUCGCCGUCACGGAGCUGGUGGUCGACGCCUUCUUCGCCGUCGACAUUGCCGUCUCCUUCUUCGUGGCGUACCGCGACGCCUCCACCGGCCUCCUCGUAACCGACCGCAAGAAGAUCGCCACCAGGUAUACGUGAUGCUGAUCCGUCACUGCAUGUCCAUUUUUUUUUCCUUUUUGCUGCUCUCUCUAUUUUAGGCACCUGGCACGACCAUGCUUGGCGCUGGAUGUCGCCUCAACGAUUCCUUUACAGAUGAUCUACCGGAUAGUGAGCGGCAAAAGACAAGCAUUGUAUGGGUUGCUCAAUCUUCUCCGGCUCUGGCGAUUACGGCGCGUCAGCAAGCUCUUUGCAAGGUUGGAGAAGGACAUUAGAUUCAGUUACUUGUGGACCAGGCUUAUCAAGCUCCUCUACGUGACGCUGUUCGCAGUGCACUUCGCCUCGUGCAUCUACCUGUGGAUGGCGUUCCACCACAAGGCGAAGGAGCUGACGUGGAUCGGCAGCCAGUUCCACGGCUUCGAGGACCGCAGCGUGUGGUUCUGCUACACCUGCGCCGUGUACUGGUCCAUCACCACGCUCGCCACCGUCGGCUACGGCGACCUGCACGCCGCCAACACGGGCGAGAUGUUGUUCAGCAUCGCCUUCAUGCUCUUCAACAUGGGCCUCACCUCCUACAUCAUCGGCAACAUCACCAACCUCGUCGUCCACGAAACCACCAACACCUUCAAGAUGAGGGACAUGGUGCAGAGGACGUCGGUGUUCGGGAGAACGAACCGGCUGCCGGUGGCGAUGAGGGAGCAGAUGAUGGAAAGCCUGCAGCUCAGGUUCAGGGCGGAGGAGCAGCUGCAGCAGGAGAUGCUGUCCGAGCUGCCCAAGGCCGUGCGGUCAGGCAUCGCGCAGCACAUGUUCAGAGGGGCGGUCCAGAGCUGCUACCUGUUCCAGGGCGUCUCCGACAAGCUCGUCCUGCCGCUGGUCGCGGAGAUGAAGGCAGAGUCAUUUCCCCCCAAGGCGGAUAUCAUCCUGGAGAACGAGGCUUCGACGGACUGCUACAUCAUCGUGUCUGGUGAAGUGGAGGUAUUGACAACCCUUGAGGAUGGUACAGAGAAGCAAGUGAUGAGAAUAGGGCCACGGGGAAUGGCAGGGGAAAUUGGGGUGAUGUUCAACAUCCCACAGCCGUUCACCAUCCGGAGCAGAAAGCUCACGCAGCUCGUCCGUAUAAGCCACAGCCAUAUGGUCUCGACCAUCCGGCCUAACACUGCAGAUGGGGUCGUUGUAUUCUCCAAUUUUGUUCUGUACCUUGAAUCUCUGAAGGUGAAGGCAAAGGAAACAGCCUUUGUUAGGGAUCAUCUUCGCAAUGGCUACUCCACGGUAUUAGGAAGUGCAACCAUGUUUGAUGUAGAUGAAUCCAAAGAGUCAGCUCACAAAAUGUUGCCAUGCAAAGAACCCAAACGGGUAUCUAUUCAUGAACACCUCUUAAAUGGGACUGGCACAGCACUGAACGGCUCAUCUGGGAAGCUCGUCAUACUGCCAGAUUCUAUGCAAGAUCUGAUGAAACUUUCAGAAAAGAAGUUUGGGAAGGCAGCGAGAGGGAUUCUCACCGUGGGAGGUGCCGAGGUAGAGGACAUUGAAGUGAUAAGAGAUGGCGAUCACCUGUUCUUUAGUUGGUAGGAUAAGCCAUAUUGCCUUGGCAGAACAUUAUUUAGAGAACACUUACUCUCUCAACAAUUUUUUUUUCUUGAGAGCGUACUAAUGUGCUCCUGCAGAAGAAUUGUAUUUUCACAUGGUGAUUC